UUGAAUUGGAUAAUCGAUGUUCUACUAUAUUGACCAAAUUAUCUAACAUAAUCGUGCAAUCACAUUUUAUCAUAUAUAGAUCAUUCAUUAAUCUGUCUGCUAUUACAGCAUCCACAAGAGCAAAUGGAUACUUUCUAUAAGCGAAAUUUAUUUUUUCAUGGAAGCUAGCCAUGUUAGUUUUUGAAUACUCAAGUCUUUCAGGUCAUUGAGCUCAACAGUGAAACAUCGCUGAUGUCAGUCUCAACAGUCCAUUUAGAAACGUUUUCUGACUGUUGAGCCAACCAUUGAAUAUAGAAACAUAUAUUAUAUUACUUACUACCUUGGUACCCAAUAUACAGGGGGUGCAAAAGUAGGUAUACAGUUGAGAAUCUGAGAAAUACAAAUCUCUGGUGUUCAUUAUUAUUAGUUCGUAUUCCUUAUUUGUGAUUUAAUUUGUACAUAAAAUAAAUGUUUUUCUUUGUUUUUUUCCAUAACAACUGUGUACCUACUUUUGCACCCCCCCUGUAUAUUUUAUUUUAGUAAUAUACCACCAGUUGUAACACCUAAAAUAAGUUAUAAUAAAUCCAGUAUGCUAGUAUAAUUCAAUAGUAACUUUUAAAACUAUUCAUUAAUUAAUUAACAAUAAUUUCUCUUUAUAAUAUGAAGUCAUUGUUCACUGUUUAUAAACGUGCAAAAUAAUAAAUCAGCUCCAUUUUCUUUUUAAAAUCUUUUGUUAAGAAAAAAAGAUAUGUCUAAAGAUUUAUUUUCAUAUUGUGUACAGAACAAUUAUUAUUCAUUUUUCACAUUUCCUUAGUUAAAUAUUAUCCAUAUUUCUGUUUAACGAGAAAACUGCGAUUUCUGGUCACUAAACACUACAAUCCAGAGAAAAUUAUUAUUAAUAAUAUAAAAUUCUGUAAAAACCAUUAUAUAUAAUUACUUCCCAUAAUUAUUCAGUCUUUAUUCUCGGAUCUUACUUUUAUAAUAUUGUAUAAAAAUCUUAAAACGAAUUUCGAUAGGCCUAAAACCACACCAUCGAAAUAACACGAUGUGAAUUCAUUACAGUUAUAUGUAGGAAUAUUUAUAACGAAAACUAAUUUUCGACUACAUUUUUAUAUACAGUGAAUGUAAUUUUGUAUUAACAAAGCGUUUAAUCAAAGAUUAAUAUGGAUUAAAAUUACAAUCUUACCUCGUCCAUGGCUAACGUGUAAAAGACAAUAUCCCAAAGUUCCACGCGCACGGUCACGUUACAAGUCGCAAAUGAUUUUCGUUGCCACCGCCAGAUGGCAGAAGCGUAAGAAAACUAUUAUAAGUUUUUAAGUUUUAUGCGGAGUGUUUCUGUGAAGUGGAUUAGUCGGUUUUGUUGUGUAAAAAGCAAUAGUUACUUGUCUCACUCGUUUCCAUUCCAGUGACGCAAAUUUGUUGGUUUGAAGGAUAAGGUUGUAUAAACGAGAUAUCGUCUUGAAAAAUGACAGGUGACUGUACGAGUGAAUGCAUCGAGUAAAAAGGUCGUGACACUUCAUACACAUGUGACAUGUUCGAGUAUAAAAAUCGUUGUUUGAUUCACAACAUGCCUUUCUAGUUGAAAGUACUUUAAAUAAGAAUUUCGAAGUUGAAUAAUAGUCAAGAUGAAAUGUUUUGGAAAGAGAAUCAAGAGCUAUCAUUGUAAAAUCGUUUUGCUGGAUGAAACAGAGCUGAUUCAAGAAAUACAGGAUGCUUUUAAAGGGCAAGAUUUAUUAGACAUUGUCUUCAAGCAUUUGAAUUUAUUAGAAACAGCUUAUUUUGGAUUACGCUACAUAGACACUAAUGGACAAACUCAUUGGUUAGAUACGACUAAAAAACUUAGGAAACAACUUAAAGGUGCUGAUUCAUACACUUUAUAUUUUGGUGUAAAAUUUUAUGCUUCUGAUCCAUGUAAACUACUUGAAGAGAUUACAAGAUAUCAGUUUUUUUUGCAAAUUAAACAAGAUAUAUUACAAGGUCGAUUACCAGUUUCAUUUGAUCUCACAGUAGAAUUAUUUGCUCUAAGUGUUCAGUCUGAAUUGGGAGAUUAUGAUCCUAGAAGACACCAACCUGGUUAUAUUUCAGAAUUCAGAUUCCUAAACAACCAAACUCCAGAAUUAGAAGCAAAAGUUGCUGAAAUUCAUAAAGGGCUUGUAGGUCAAGUACCAGCAGUUGCUGAAAUGAAUUUUCUUGAUCGUGUGAAAUGGUUAGAUAUGUAUGGAGUUGAUCUUCACCCAGUUCUGUUGAAUCAGCUUUCGCAUAGUGGUCAGGGAGUUUCUCUGGAGACUAUUCUCAGAGGAGAUGGACAAGAGUGGCAAGAUGAGAUGAUGGACAGACAGAGCUUUGGUCCACACUCUUUGAGAGAAGUGUCCACCCUGAGCCUCGGAUGUCUGCCCCUUUUAUUGUCUGAUCCCCCUCCAAUUGGGGGAUAUAUUAAUUCUGGAUUAGAAACAGAAUCAGAAAUUAAUUUUCAGCACAAGAAAAAACACAGAAGACAUAGAUCAAGAUCAAGAUCACCAGACAGUAAAUGUGUUCUUCCACAAGAAAUAAAGAAACACAUUGAAUAUAAACUAAUAGAUUCAACAAAUAUGUCACAAGAUGAGCUUAAAGAUAUUAAAUAUACCAAAGUCGAAGUUGAUAGUCGGUUAUUUAAAAUCAGAUAUUCUCCAUCUUCAGGAAGACCUCAUUAUCGUGUUGCAAAACUUCACACUAAAUCUUCAUUAAAUGGAAGUUCAAAUAAAUUACAAGGUGAAGAUGAUGAUGACCCUCCACCACCAUAUAGUCCUCAAGGCACAAAUGAUUUAAAUAAUGGUUUAGUAACGAUACCUCAACUUCCAUUAGUUAUAUCCAAUGCUAAUAGUGCCAAAAUUGCUUCUGUAUCAAGAAUUGAUAAUUCUGUGCCAAAUUAUCCCUCUUUGAAUAACAAUAAUAAGAGUUGGCAGUUAACAUCAGAAAAAUCAUCAUUUAAUAUGCUCCAGAAUAAACCCGAUGUAAUAAACAGUAGUUUAUUAAAAGAUGAAGCUAAUGGUAAAAUAUGUAUGAAUGACCAAUUAUCUACAAACAGCAGACUUAGCAGUAGUCAGCUAUAUCCAACUAAUCAAAUAGCAACUAAUUCUGCUUAUAGUUCCAGAGUAACUUUUCAACCAUCAUAUCAAUCACAUAAUAAGAUGUUUAAUUCGCACGUGUGGCCUCAACGAGAUAAUAGACCAAAUGGAGAAGCAUCAGUCACUCAAAAUAGUCAUGAAAUGAGUACAGAGCUUUAAAUACUGUAGAUAAUUAUUUUUCACUUGCUCAUCUUAAGCGGAUAAUUCAGGAUUGAUUCAUAUUAUAUGUAAAUAAUAUAUAUUUAAUUCAAAAAAAUUAUUGUUGAAUAUGUUUUUAUGUAAUUUUACAUCAGAUUGGUUACAUCAAUCAUAUAAUAUUUUGUAUU